AUGUUCUCACUAUCUUCCAUCCUAUGGGUAAUUCCCCUUCUCAUUCUAACAAUCACAGCAUGCUAUCAAUUCAAAAACAUCGACCACCUCUUCGAAGCCUUGGAAGAUCGUUUCAUAUCAAACCGACCCCCAUGGGCAGCAGCCAUCCGAAAAGUCGCCAAGUUCAUGACACCCUUCAACAAAUGGAGGAAGCAAAUGCGGUGGUUCGACAAAUUGUACGCAGCACAGCAAAAGGAACACUCAGUCUUCCUACGCGAAAUCUACCUCCGUGAACGCGGCGACCUAUUACGAAAACGACGAGAUAACCCAGACGGUGGCGGCCUGACUCCCGCAGAAAAGCGAAUACUGGGAAUGCUUGAGGAGGAAUAUACGGCGAACGAAGAUCGGCAUGAAGAGGCUUAUGUGGCACUAUUUCAGACCUACACUACGAGGCCCUCGGGUGCUUGGAUACGGGAAUAUCAUAAUCUGACGGAGAGACAGCGGUGGAAUAGGAAGGUUGAUGAAUGUAGGGCUAAGGUCAAAGAGCGCAUCUUCCAGUUUCCGUUCGGCGAUCCCUGCAAAUCCAGGUCCUCCCUGGGCUGGACAGUUCACCCCGUGGCCUUCUUGCCACUACCACAGAAUCAAGCACAAAAUCACCGCAACAUUGCACAACAAACAGUCGAACAAGCUUUACGCGUAGGCAGGGUAGGGUCAACCUUCACAUACAUCCAGAAUCCUAUCUCUUUGCCAAACGGUGACAUCAUGAAGAUGCCUAGUAGGAUAUCGAUGGCCCAAAAGUUGGCCAUGACCCGGUUAGGGUGA